AUGGAGGCUGAGGACGGAUCGGAGCUCUGCUUUCCACAACUCCAGAACACCUCGUGCAGGAAGCCCACCCUGCUUUGGCACGAAGCCUUGCUCCCUUUCUUUCUGAUGUCCAUCUCUACGCUCACUGUGGCUCUCAACCUGCUCGUCAUCAUCUCAGUCUCCCACUUCAGGAAGCUUCACACACCCACCAACAUCCUCAUCCUCUCUCUGGCCGUCUCAGACUUAAUCGUGGGCCUCCUGCUGUUGCCAGUGGAAAUCAUCCUCAAAUUAUCCUGCUGGUUUCUCGGUGACCUGGCGUGUUCUCUGUUUAAUUAUGUGUCCUUCAUCGUCACCUCUGCCUCAGUGGGCAACAUGGUGCUCAUAUCCAUGGACCGCUACAUGUCCAUCUGUGACCCUCUUCAUUACACCGCCAGAGUCACAGUAAACAGAGUCAGACUGUGCGUGUGCAUGUGUUGGCUCGGUUCUGUCUCCUACAGCGCCGUCUUCGCGAGGGACAGCCUGACUCAACCAGGCAAGUAUAAUUCCUGCCACGGAGAGUGUGUGGUUUUCAUUGACUACGUCUCAGGGGCUGUCGACGUCGUCUUGACGUGUGCUCUUCCGGUUACCGUCAUCAUAGUUCUGUACGCGAGGGUGUUCUCCGUGGCUGUCGCUCAGGCCCGCGCCAUGCGCUCUCAGAUCUCAGUUGUUUCGGUGGGCUUAAAAAUGAUGAGGUCGGAGCUGAAAGCAGCCAGAACUCUUGGCGUGGUGGUGGUUUUGUUUCUGAUUUGUUUCUGCCCAUAUUACGCCGUUUCCCUUGUAAGUGACAGCCUGGUUAGUAGUUCAUACGUGUCCUUUGUGCUCUAUCUGUUCUAUCUCAACUCAUUUCUGAACCCUUUGAUAUAUGCAUUGUUUUACCCCUGGUUUAGAAAAGCAAUAAAACGUAUUGUUAUCCUGCAGGCCGGCUCCUAA